AUGUCAGCAGAUGACAAUGGAUCAUCCAAACGGACGAGAGCGUCUGGAGAGGUGUUGGACUUCCUUUUGCAAGAAUUCGAAAAUAACCAUAACCCCAGUCCGGAGCAAAGAAAAGAAAUCAGUGAUAGAACAAAUAUGUCAGAGAAGGCUGUCCGUAUAUGGUUUCAAAACAGGAGAGCUAAGAUGAGGAAGUUCGAACGUAUGGGGGUGAAUAACAAUGGUGCAAGCUCAAGCUACUCAAAUACUCCUAGCCAUACUGGUAGUCAAGUAAGUUCCUCAGAUCAAUAUGUGUCUCUGGUUCUGGGAAUACCCAUUGAAAUUAACGAAAAGUACUGCUUCAUCGACUGCACAUCAUUAUCAGUUGGUUCAUGGCAACGCAUAAAGAGCGGUGAUCACAAUGAAUCUUUAUUGAUAAAUAAUUUGGUAAAUCUUUCACCAUUCACUAUCGAUAGUAUCAUGGUUCAAGUUGAUUUAUUGGUGAUACUAUCUAAGAGGAACUUUGAAAUAAACUAUUUCUUCAGUGCCGAAUCUAAUAACUCCAAGAUAUUGUUCAGGAUAUUUUAUCCAAUUUCAAGCAUAGUGACAUGUUCCCUUGUUGAUAACAAUAUCAGUAAGGAAAACAUUGAGCUUAGACUUAGUUUGUCUCAUCAACCGAAGUUUUCCGUUUACUUCUUCAAUGGUGUUAGCUCGGAUACAAACCAGUGGUCGAUAUGUGAUGAUUUUAGCGAGGGUCAACAAGUCAGCCAAGCACACUGUGGCGAAGGAGGCUCUUCUACUCCACAUGUGUUAGUCGGAUUUAAAAACUCUUUACAAUUUUUAAAUUCCUUUAUUUUGGAAAAUAAUCAAGCGCAUGCUUCAACUUAUCACCCACAUGUACAAUUGUCAGAUCCAAGCAGCGAUGGACAAUUCAGUCACAAUUUGAACGUAUGGAGUGAUAAUAAGCUAGACCAUCAUUCUCGGUUGGCUAAUUCAAAGGGAUUAACGAAUUCUCCUCUUACACAGUUUGACUCUGAUGCAUCGCCCAUAUCUAUCGAAAGUAACGGUGUACGUGAGAACCACGGUUCCGUAUUGGCUCUAGAGAGCUCAACGAGAGAUCAUUUCACCGAUGUUUUCUCUGCCCAUACUCCCGAUUUUUUUCCUUCACAAACACCAAACUCAUCUAUGCAAGUGAGUAUUAACCAUGAAAAUUUGAUAAACAGCCCAUCUACAAACCUUCAGUCAUAUACACAUUCCGCGUAUUCCCCAAUUGCACAGCUUCCACAUGAUCCUGAAACUGAGAUCUCUGCGGAACCAGGUUCAGCUUUUGACUUCAAUAUCACUAGUACAAAUACCACUAAUAACAAUUCAGUUGAAAAUUCGAACCGUUCUUCGACUCCUUCAAAUCAUAAUAAUCAAAUUGACAGUUUCAUCGACUAUAAUAGCCAUGAUUCUUGA